CAAACAGUACACUUGCCUUGCCGUACCCCCUCCCCCUUGGUAUUUGCUAUCCUCAGAAAGUCUCGGGUCAGAGUCCCCGGGGGCCCGCGACAAGGAGAGCCAGGAAUCAGUACAAGCGACAGCAGUGGUGGAGCUAAUGCAAGAGGCCAAUGACACCCUGCAGGUGUACGAACAGUUUAAGAAAGCGUUUGAUCGACACAUGGUGGUCGCUAAGCCAAAGGGAACGAAAUAAUACUUGAGCAUCAUGGUGAAUACGGCACAUCACCCAGGCAUUAUGGAGCGCGGUAAUAAUGGGGGUGGUUAUAGCACAUGUCGGCGAAGGGUCCAGCGAGUAGUGCGAUAAUAAUCCAUGUUCGCAAUGUAUUGGUUUGAAGUUCCGGUGCUGGUAUACCUGACCCCGGUGUCAGAGGACAAAAAUGUUUGCGCACCCGUACUGGGUUAUUGGGGUCAAUACUAUAUUACGGUGUGUUUGCUGGCACUUAUUUCCUCGCUUCUUACGCUCAAGGGGAAACUGAUUGGACAUAGAUUGUCUGGUUCGCGGCCUUCUAUCGCUGGCCACACUAAUGGCGGGAUCCCUGAUGGAGAGGGGAAAGAGAAGGACGAAAAGUGUACGAUCAAGACGGAGGUGGAUUUGCAUCAUUUCCCGCGGGAACUGAUGGGGACCCCAAAGCAUGUAAGAUAAACCAAGCAGCCGUCGGACUCGGUAAGAUUUCGUGGUAAACACCUCCCUCUCACCCUGCACACCGUUCAUUCCACAGUUCCAUUUUUUCCUCAUUAACUUAAUGCAGGCUUUUCUGGUUUAGAACUACUACUGUCGCAGGUUAUGCCGAUUGGUAUUUCUGCCAACACAGCGUCUCCCCGUUCGGGGACCUAGCCCGGCAGGACAUAACAUUGAGGAAACCACCAAGGACGCCUUUAGUUCUGACGACGAAUAUGCCCUCAUUAAUAAAGGCCUAGAUGAGGACGACGGUGACAACUGAUUCUCCUCCCAUUACUAACAUAGUGGAAGUAUGACCAGCUACAAUACUAGUUACGAUGCUCACCCCAACAACCCUAUCCCCCGGGGCGGCGAAGGAAGUGCCUAUACCGAUAAUGGAAUCGGAGGACACAGAUUAGUGCCAAUGGGCGAGAAUAGAAGAAUCUCCCCGGUGUUAAGUAUGUCCAUUGCUACGGAUGAGGAUUAUAGCUACAGGGGAGCGACAGCAAAAUAGGGAUGUUUUCUCCGUUUCCUUUUGCCUUCUGGUAUCUUUUUCCAUUUUCUUUCCUUUCUUUUCCUGGCUAAGUUUUCCUUUUGGCUCUGGUGCCAAUGGGAUGGGUUAUCUCCUUCUGUGUUUUAUAUAUCCUUUUGCGGCAUGGAACAAUGGAAAAUGGCUUUUCAACUUGUAUAAAAUUGAGUACAAACAGGGGAUUUCUUGCAUUAGGUUGGCAGCCGAUCUGACCAGGGAUUUGAACAGAUGAAGGAACCUGCGGAGGAGGAAGUUGUUUAUAUAUAGCUAUUAGAUUCCUAAUCAGGGCUUCGUACCGCCAUUCCAUAUCACUGGCUUUGUGCAGACGUGUCAUAUUACGAGUCA